AUGUCUAACUCAACUGAUCAAAGCUUACUCUCAAAACUGCCUAGUCAGAAUGCGGAACCACUGUGGACCGUCAUGCAUUCUAUGGUGAAGCCGCUACCGAGUCCUCGAGCGGUGCCAUCAAUUUGGAGAUACAAUGACAUUCACGCCUUGCUACUUGAGGCUGGUAGAACUGGUCCAGCUGAGAAAGCUGAACGGCGAGUUCUAAUGCUCGUCAAUCCCAAGCUUGAUGCACCAUUUACGACAGACACACUUUAUGCCGGAUUGCAGUUGAUCAACCCUGGCGAGGUUGCUCCUGCUCAUAGGCAUCGAUCUUUUGCCAUUCGAUUCAUCAUUGAAGGCUCUGGUGCCUUCACUGCUGUCGGUGGCAAUAAGGUCUAUAUGGAACCGGGGGAUCUGAUACUUACACCAAAGUGGCAAUGGCAUGACCAUGGUCAUGAGGGUGAUGCGCCAAUGAUCUGGCUUGAUGGGCUCGAUUUGCCUCUAUAUCAUAAAUUACCUGUUCACUUUGCUGAACCUUACACAGAACCAAGCUAUCCAAGCAAGCCUGUAGUGGAUAGCCCUCUCCGGUUCCCUUGGGCUCAGAUGAAAGCAAAACUCGACGCUUCAUCCGCAAAUUUCUCCUUAGAGGAAUAUCAUGACGUUGCAACUGGCGGACACAUCUCCUUUACCAUCGGUGCUAUGGCUCUUCGCAUAAGCAAGGGAUCAAAAAUUAGUCCCAAGCGUGACACAUGCUCUUUUAUCUUCCAUGUCAUAGAGGGACAUGGCAAGACAACAAUUCUUGGGAACGAUCGAAGCAAUGGCGAAACAGUUGCUUGGUCCAAAGGUGAUACCUUUGCUGUACCUGCAUGGAACCAUAUAACUCAUGAUGUUGCUACCUCUGGAGGAGAUGCAUAUUUAUUUAUAUUGACUGAUAAACCGCUUCUUGAGAACUUGGACAUGUAUCUUCUUGACAGCACACAGUCUUAG